CGGUUGAUAAUGAAUAAUGCUGGACAAAUAGCGGAAUAAAUGUUUCAAUAGGGAUGAAAUGUUGCAUUAUAAUACUUAAUACUAAGAGACAAUUAUAAUGAUAAUGAGUAAAGGAAGGCAGACUUUGAAGGAUUUAAUAAAGUGCUGAGCAAUGAGAUUUUCUUGUACAAGAAAUGAAAUCAUGGAUAUUAACAUACAAGUAUAAUUUUUAAAAGAUAAUAAAUAUGAGGUUUCAUUGAAAUCAGUAUAAGAUACUGGUAGUCGCCAAAUAAAAAUCAAAAAUGAAAUUACACCAAAGUAUACCCGUUGACAUAGCUUAUGGCUCCCUGUCACUGUUCACGACCAUAGUCCAUAACAUUUUCCUGCUGUACCAUGUGGAUAUGUUUGUUUCUGUGUACAAGAUCGAUAAAGCCUCGUUCUGGAUCGGGGAAAUGGUUUUCCUGGUCUGGAACUCAUUAAACGACCCGCUGUUUGGAUGGAUAAGUGAUAAAAAGUAUUUGUCGUCAGGAAAAAGUCACGAUUUUUCAGUAACUAGUAUAGUUCUUCAAAGAUUAGACGCACUAUUGUGGACGGGGCCUUUUUUCGCUGUGUCUUUUAUGUCGUUCUGGGUACAAUGGGCAUACCCAGGAUUACAGUUUGUAAUAUGUCUGUGUCUUUAUGACAGUUUUCUGACAAUGAUCGAUCUUCAUCAUUCCGCAUUAUUGGCAGAUAUUGCGAUAUCUGGCGACACAAGAACAAGACUGAAUUCACGAGCAUCGCUUUUUAGUAUCCUCGGUUCAGGCUCAGUGUUUCUGUCUUAUGCUGUGUGGAAUAAGGAUAAUUUACGAUCAUUCCGUGUAUUCUGUGCAAUUCUAACAUUACUGUCGUUACUAGGCUUUUAUGUGAUGACAAGGGUGCUGAAACAAGUGUUCCAGAAAAACGUGGAAAACCUGGAUAAACAUGUAGCUGACAACUCAUUAGUCAGGAGUGAAGAUGAUAGUGAUAAACAAAAAUUGAAGUCGUUUGUGAAAGAAUUAAUGACACAGUCCAACUUUAAAUGGUUUGCAGUCAUGAAUCUAAUACAGGUCUUUCACUGUCAUUUUAACAGCAAUUUUUUCCCUUUAUUUCUUGAAAACCUUCUUGGGGACGCUAUUAGUCCAGGAAUGGGGCCAUUUUUAAUAGGUAUAUCGUUUGUAGCACCUCAUAUCAACAACCUGUAUUUCCUAUCACUGUGUCGUAAAUACGGGGUAUACUCUGUGAUUCGAAUACUGUUCUGUGUUAAACUUGCCCUGAGUAUAGUCAUGUUUUUGGCGGGACCAAAUUAUCUGUGGCUACUCUGCUUCUUUAUUGCCAGUAAUCGUGUGUUCACAGAAGGUACUUGUAAAUUGUUAAAUCUAGUCAUCAGUGAUCUUGUAGAUGAGGAUUACGUACUUCACCAUAGAAACCAGGCCGUUUCAGCGCUCAUGUUCGGUACUGCGGCUCUCUUGUCAAAACCUGGCCAAACCUUGGCACCACUGAUUGGAACCUGGCUCCUGGCGCAGCAAACUGGUCAUGAUAUAUUUGCCACUGGUCAAGAGCUUGGAUCUAUAAAACCUCUACACAGUUUAGAAGAUUCUAAGGCAGUGUCCGACUACAGGGAGGGAUGUUUCAAUCUUCUUGUGUAUGUCCCAGUAGUAUGUGCCGUCACCCAGCUUGCUGCGUGGUCGCAGUUUAGUCUACGUGGAAAACGGUUACAGUGGGUAAAAGCCAUUAGAGAAGGAACGACGCAUUAUGUCUAACUGCUCAAACUUUAUGUCUAAAAAUAUUCAAAAUUAUGUCACACACAAUAGAUCUAUUUUUAUAAUUUCAAUAUUAUGUCUUUAAGCUUUAAUUUUAUGUCUAAAAUUUCAACAUUACAACUCCUGAAGUUUAAAUAUUAUGCCUGAAAGGUACAAAUUUUUGUUUAAAAAUUGCAAUCUUUUAUCUUAAGAUAUUUAACAUUAUGUCUAAAAGUUUUGUACAAAUUAUUUUAUAGAAAUGACAACACUGUGUCAGAAAUCUUUGAUGAAGUAUUUAAGUCUUCAACAUCUUAUUCUGAAAGGUUUAACAAUGUGCCUGACAAAUUUAAAAUUAUGUCUUAAAUUUUCACCUUGUGUCUUAGAUAGCUAAGGUUAUGUUUUUACACAAAAUCAAUUUUGAGAUUUUACCAUUAUGUCUAGAAUAUUAAAUUUUAUGUCUUAAGAUUUCAACAACAUCUUUUUUGAUUAUUUCAAAAUAAUGUUCUAAAAAUUUCAACAUUUAGU